GUUCCGUUGGACACAGGCGUUCUCUUCUAAAAUGGCGACGAGUGCUGCAGCCGCGUUACUCGAUGAGUUGAUGGGUCGUUCGCGAAAUUUGGACCCUACCGAGAAGCCUCCAGAGCUAAGAUGGGAUAGUCCAGAGGUUUGCAAGUACUUUUUGUGUGGAUUUUGCCCACAUGAGCUGUUUACAAAUACUAGAGCAGAUCUUGGUCAGUGCAACAAGAUCCAUGAUGAAGCACUUCGUAAACAAUACCAGUCAAGUGCAAAGUUCGAGAAAAUGGGCUACGAGGAUGACUUUCUUCGUUUUUUACAAAAUCUUAUUUCUGAUGUGGAGAAACGUAUAAGACGAGGUCACCAGAGACUUGCAUUAAAUAAUACCCAGGGAAACUUGAAUGGAAACUUGUCAUCGGCAAAGGAAGAGAAAAUCAACAUGCUGACUGAAAAAAUCAAUGAACUUGUCAAACAGGCUGAAGAGCUUGGAUGUGAAGGCAAAGUUGAGGAAUCUCAAGGUGUACUGAAGCUUUGUGAUCAAUUGAAGGAAGAGCGUCAGCAAAUUACAAGUAGUGCCUUUGAGGAUAUGCCUCAGCUAAAACAGAUGGAAGUCUGUGAGGUUUGUGGUGCAUUCCUUAUUGUGGGAGAUGCACCCCAGCGGCAAGAUGAGCAUCUUAUGGGUAAACAGCAUGCUGGCUAUGCCCAGGUCCGAGCUGAGAUUGAAAGAAGAAAGGAAAGAAUGAGACUUCAGGCAGAGGAAAAGGAAGCAAAAAGGCAGCAAGAAAGAGAAGAUCGUGAAAGAGAGAUUCAGCGAGAACGAGAAGAAAGAAGGAAGCGGGAAAAAGAACGAGAAGAGAGGGAAAAGCGUGAACGUGAAAGAGAACGAGAGCGAGAAAGAGAGAGGGAGAGAGAGCGUGACAGAAGGAGACGAAGCCGAUCCCAUAGCCGAGGUUCACGCAGCCGAAACAGAAGACGAAGUGGUAGUCGGGAUAGACACCGUAGCCGGGACAGGAGAAGAAAGUCUCGAUCCAAGAGCAAGCAUCGCUCUAGAAGUCCUGCAAGAGACCACCGUAGAGAUCGACAUGGAAAUUCACGACGUAGUCGAAGUAGAAGUAGACAUCGUUCUCGUAGUCGAGACAAAGAUAGUUCAAGUCGAAGAGACAAGGACCGCAGAAAAGAUCGUGAUUCAAAAAGCCAGUCAAACGACCAGGAUGUUGUGAAGCGAAGAAGUGAGAGCAGGAGCCCACAUAAAAUGCAGAAGGAAGGGAGUUCCACUCCAAAGAAAUCUGAAGACGGCAUGCUAUCUGAAGGUGACACUAAAAAUGAAUAUUUCAGAGGUACCUGGAACAGUUCACUGAAUUUAGAGGAAAUGCCACUAGGGGAGAAAGAAGAGUUCCUUCAUAUUCGUCUCACCUUCUUUCCUGAUAAGUGCACCAAAACUCUGCCAAAGGAUUCUGAUGCAGCAGAAAAGAAACUGUUACCAGCACAUCUUCAAAAUCUAAAAGAAUGCAAGGAAACACUAAUCAUGGCGGACGAAAGUCCAGGAACAAACUUUAGACCUAGGCGAGUAAGGGCCAGUGGUAACCUUCGUCAUUUACAAGCUUGUGCCAAACGUGAAGUUCGAAAAAAGCUGAAAGAAGUAUCAGAGAUCCUGAAAAAGAAAGAAUCUGACCGCUCAGAAGAGGAAGUGAUUGUAUUGAAAGAGCAGCCAGACCUUGUUGAAACAGCAAAGAAAAAUGCAGAGAGGCAAUUACAGCAAAGAAAGAGAGUAUUGGAGAUCCAAGACCCUCCUGGUGAACUUGAUGAAAAAUGCAAGGAACUUGCACAGCUUCUACAGUCAUCAAAAAAUGUAGUUGUCUACACAGGAGCUGGAAUUAGUACUGCAGCAUCCAUACCAGAUUACAGAGGACCCAACGGAGUAUGGACUUUACUGAAGAAAGGUCAAGCGCUGAGACCUCAUGAUCUGGUUGAUGCAGAACCUACUUUCACACAUAUGUGCCUCACAAAACUUUACAAGGAAGGAUUGAUCAAAUAUCUGGUGUCCCAGAAUUGUGAUGGGCUUCAUUUACGCAGUGGUUUUCCUCGCCAGUCUCUGUCAGAAGUUCAUGGAAACAUGUUUGUUGAGAUUUGCAAAACCUGUAAGCCACAGAAGGAGUUUAUUCGACUGUUUGAUGUGACGGAGAGAACAGCAAAAGGUCGACACAAGACAGGCCGAACUUGCAACAAGUGUGGAGGGAGCCUUAAUGACAGUAUUGUGCAUUUUGGGGAAAAAGGAGGCCUCAAAUCACCUUACAGAUGGAGAGAGGCAUCAAAAGCUGCAAGCAAAAGCGAUCUUAUAGUGUGCCUAGGUUCGAGUUUGAAAGUGCUGCGCUGUUAUCCAUGUCUGUGGAGGAUGGAUAAACGACCUCAGCAACGGCCUAAGCUAGUCAUUGUCAACUUGCAGUGGACACCCAAAGAUGAAGUUGCAUGCCUUAAGAUCAAUGGACGUUGUGAUGAAGUCAUGAGGAAAGUAGCCCAUUAUCUGGAAUUAACAGUUCCUCAUUACAGAAGGACAGUAGAUCCACUUUUCAGACUUCAUUCACCUGUGAAGAAAGAUGAAGAAACGGUGACAACUAAGAAGAUUUUGGAACCUGUGGAGUGUAAAUCUAAUCCAAAGACAUUAAAUAAAAGAAAAUGUGUGCUUCAGACAUCCAAAAUUUCCAGGCGUCAGCUGUUGGAGAGGAGUUGUACUUUCAAGAAUCACCAUAAAAUAACUUUACCUUCCACUGAUUUUUCCAGCAACACCAUUCCACCAAGUCUUCCUCUUAAACAAGAUGUGUUUCAUGUCAAAUUACAGGAAGAUUUCACAAUCAAGGAUGAUAAUGUCACCGCAGAACAAAAGCUUAGAAGUCUUUCAAAUACAGAGACCUUAAAAAUUCCAGACCUUCUCCGCGCAAAGCUGGAAAAGAUGCUUCUUGAGCGACGGGUACAGGAUGCAGAGGACAGUCAUGCUUCGUUUGAAGAAGACUCACAUCAGAGAUCUGCAUGGACUCAACAAGAGGUGUUUUUGACUUGUAGAGAUCAAAAUUGUACAGGCAUUCAAGAUACAAAAUCCAGUAUACCUCAUGGAGACCAAGGCUAUGCAAGGACUCAUCCCGUUUUAAGUCUUCAGCUAAUCGGAAAGAGCUAUGCAGGUAGUCAAUCACAGGUGAAUUCAUGUCCUGAAAUGAAACCCUUUUUAAGUAUACAACAUUUAGUGAACUCAUUUAACCCAUCACUUCUUCCUUCUUUUAAAACUGAUGCAGUAAACAGUCCCAUGAACCGCGUUUUGUUCAGCAAUAUCAAACAAGAAGACAUAUCAGGGACUUCCUUUCCAGGACUGUCGAAUAACAAACCCCUCUCUUGUACAGCCGUCAAGGCUACCUCCAAGGGGAGACCUGUCACUCCUGUGUGCUCUUCCACUUCUGCAGCUUUGUUAUGUGACUAUGCAAAAGUUGUGAAUAACAUUGCAAAUGACCACACAUAUGCCAAGUCAUUUCAUAAAUGUCCACUUCCUUUUGGUUUUCACGCAACUGACACUAGCAUGUUUGCAGAGAGCAUGGGGAAUAUGUCAGCCAUCAGAUCAACUCAACCUGUUGACCAUCAGACAGAAUUGGUCAGAAAAGAACUUCCUUCAUACAAUAAUUUAUUACUCGAUUUAAUUUAUCAAUCUUGUAGUGUAAAUGAAUUAGCCAGUGAUAAGAAUAUUAAAGGCCUCGGUUAUGAAAGAUUACUUCAGAAUGAUGACAAACAUGUAAUGUUAUCAAAAAUGAAUGAUACUGUGUCUUCUGAUUGGAGUAACCAUGGGCAGCUUAAUGGAAUGCUUAACCAUGACCAGGAUUUCCUCCACCAAACAAAAAAUAUGCCUUUCACUUCCUCCAGUGAGGUUGAGAAUAUGCAGCAAUUGGAAUCUCAUAUAAGCAUAACAGUUAGCAACAACUCUCCUCCUCCUGUUGUUAGGAUAGACCUAGACAACCCAGAAAGAUCCACUGCACUUCUCAACAACAGUGUUUUGGAUGGAGCUGGUUUUCUUGAAAGCACAAGAGAUGGCUGGCUUUCUUUUGAGCAGAGCCGUAGUAAACAAGAACUAACUGUGGCAAGAUUAAAUGACUGUGUGUUGGACAGCCCAUGUGAGAAUUUUAGUCCUGCUUGCAUGUCAGGAGAAUCUCUCACUAUGGCUUCUGCCACUCCAGAGCUAGACAGUAUUGUAGAUGGUUUUCUGUUAGAUGAGAGAUCAUUUAAUGAUGCAGAAAUAAACCAAAAAGGGGACACUUGGGAAAUGCAGCAAUUGACUGCAACACCUGAUCCCAUGCAAGAAACUAGCACAACUUGUGGUACCAACGCAAAAGCUCAGAAACGUAAGUGCAGUUCUGCCUCAGUGCCAGGCUGGUAUGGCAAGGGAUUGAAAGUAAGAAGAAAAAGGACACUAUAACUGUUUUUUUACUCUUUAGCUUGAUGUGAUCCUUUGCAUCAAACUCUGUUCCUUGCAAUUAUUUUCCCUUCAUUCCCAUCAAACAAACAUGCCCCAGAGAUUUCAGAAUGUGCUGCUUUUUGGGGUGUUGGGUAUCAUCUUUUAUCAUAUUUAAUUUUCAGACAUCCCGAAUGCUUGACCCCUGAUCAUUUUUGUUUUUGAAAAUGCUGUAAAAAGUUGAUUUCAUAAAUAAACUAUAACAUUAGCAUCAGUAUUCAAAAUAUGCCACUUAUGACAGAAUGUUAUAUUUAUUACCUUUGCUGAUAAUGAUCUCGACAAAGUGGUCCCUUUUUGUAAUAUGUCUACCUCGGAUGCAGUUUUCUGUGGAACAUAAUUACAGAAAAUGGUAUUGUUUUUCCAGAUGCACAUUUUGUGUCAUGGUUCAGCUGUUUUUGAGAUGUUGUUGGUUUAGCUAUACCUCCAAUUUAAGGAAUUUUCAUUUAGAUUUCUUUUCAUACACUGUCUCGUGUGUCAGAUAAAUGUAAUUGUGCAAAUCAGAGAUUUGUAUCUAUACAGAUUUCUGUCCAAAUUAAAAAGAAAAAAAAUUGGUGCCACCACAAAAUUUAAAUCAACAAUUUUCAUAAAGGUUUACAUAUAAGUUUACAUUUCCAAAAGCAACUUAGGACACAUUACCUGCAUUUUGAUAUUGAGCUCGUACAUGAAAGUGUACAUAAAGCAAUGCAAGAUUUAAGGAUUUAUAUUUGGUGUAUUCAAAAGUGACCCAUUUGAAUUCAACUAGUUUUGUUUAGGAUUUAUGUUGUUUCUAUUCUUCCUCUAGUUUUUUUCACUUGCUUAUAGAUAUUUAUAAAGAAUUGAAGCAUGUUGACUGGUUCAAUACAAUGAGAGGAAUGGAUAAUUAUGAGACUAGUAAAAUAUGGGAUGCUGAGACUUUGAAACACUUUAAACAGCCUAGGUGAUGAAUUAUUACAUCAUUAGUUUGCAGUAACGGAAGCCUUUAUUGGGACUCCUGGGUCCUGGCUAGAAGACUGCACUCGUAAAUUUUUAGUUCUGCUGUGUUCUGGUUCCACUGGCAUUUGUUGUGUAAGUCAAGUGGAUUAGCAAAAAUAGGGUGAACAAUGGAGUCAUAUGUUCCUGAAUUGCAGUGGUUUUUUUUUAAAAUGUCAUCAUUAAUAACUUAUUUGCAUUUGGUCAUACCAUCUUAAAUUUCACCGUUCGCUGUCAAUUAUUUUCACCCUAUAAGCUGAUUUCUUAUGUACAGAAAGCCCUUAUAGGUGAAUUUGCAUGCGGAAUAUCCCUAGCUUGGAAGGAAAGAAUUGAAAUAUAUGCAGUGUUUUUGACCCGAAUCACAUUAUAGAAUACAUGCAAUUAUCCAUUCCUUCGCUGCUCUGUGAUCGUUUUUGUGGUGUUGCGUUUAGUGUAGUGGGUGAAGUAGAAGAGAGUUUCUGUGUGAUGUGCACCUUGUAAGCCUCCAAGUGGUCAUUAAAUACCAUACAAUCAUGAAAAUUAUAA